AUGCCGGCCGACGUCAACGACAGCAGCGGCCCGGAUCUUCCGCCCGAGAUUCUGCAGAUGGUGUUUCGCAAUUUGGGCUUCUUCGAUCUCUUGCGCUGUCAGCGUGUGUGCAAGACGUGGCGCGCAUACCUUCCUGGUGAUGACUCGGUGCUUUGCAAUAAGCUGUUCAUGAAAGAUAUCAGGGUUCAUGCUGUGGACAGCAGUAGGGAUCAAAAUCAGAAACAUUCCAGCAAGACGUACAAAGAUGAACCUCUUAUAUCUCUCAUGUUGGAAGAUGACAGUGUCUAUGACGAAACCCGAUAUUCAGACUGUGUUUUCCGCGACUGUAUACGUUUGGACGUCCAAUGUCCAGAGUACUACCAUUUUCCUGAAGGCACAUACUUCCAUCCUAUGAUAUGGUACAUUGAUGAAUACAUGCACCUCAUCCGAGACGAAAUCUCCGUGUAUGGUUCGAAUGGUCCCUCAGAUCACCAGAUCAGUCGCAUCACGAUACGCGGCAGGAUAGAGAAUAUCAUUGUCAAUGAGCGCAUGUCAGAACAAAAGGACGGGUCGUGGAAAGGCAUGCUGCUAUGCGUUCCGCCUGUUCAGUCUAUGACCGUUGCGUUCGGUGCUUGUAUCUUUGAAGACGAGCGUCAAUAUUAUUCGCUCUAUAAUAAUGAGGGUAUUACAAUGGGUCAACUUGUCAGAGCCUUUCGGGACCAGUUGAAUAUGGUACACUGUCACUGA